AUCGUCAUACUCGUGAUGGCGGGGGAUCACGUGGUUGAAUUUAUAGCGAUUUUUAAAAAUCCAACGUGGUAUAUAAGGGCCCCGAGUCGCCGAAACAGGCAUAAGCUCACUUACUUCCGAGAAGUAACAAGCAACCCACAACCAAUCACCAUGUUCAAGUUGGCUGUCUUCGCUGCUAUCCUGGCUGUUGCCUGCGCCGCUCCCGGUGGCCUUACCGGCAUUGCCGUCAGCCACGGCGUCGGCCCGAUCGUCGCUCCGGCGGUCGUGAGCGCCGCUCCGGUGCUCGCCCACGGCGCCCACGUGAUUGCUCAGCCCAUUGCCCCCGCGGUGCACACUCCCGCUAUAGUCACCAGGACCGUCCUGGCCGGCCAUGGAUACGGCGGCCAUGGACUCGCCCUUGGCGGAUACGGCGGAUACGGCGGAUACGGCGGAUAUCAUGGUUAAACUAGGAGAGCCAGCGUAAUCUCACAACCUACCACCUACCACCGAGUCACGACGACACCGCCCUGGGAAAAAAAAAAAACAGAGAAGACACCAACAACACCACCACCACCACCGCCCCUCCACGUAAUUGGCUCCCCCAACGCGAAGGAAAGACCUGGCAGCUUGUGGGAGGAAAGCGAAAAUUGCGCGCACUCAACCAACCCAACCCCCCUCAGCAUUGUUACCGGCGAUUUCUCGAUCCGUCUCACUUCAUCAGCCGCACGCGCGCGCGCGCGCACGCGAGUUAAUCAGGCCCAUUGGACCGUGAACGUAGCGGCGGAGCGGAGCCGGCGAAAGGGCAUCAGGCGAGAAACGAAACGCAUGAUGCGCGCGCGAAGCGACCAAGGACCAGCGCGCUUCGCGCGGGAUCGGCCGAUUUCUUUCCCCACGAUUGUCUUUUCUUCGCGCUUCAUCGAACCAAAUUCUCGCCUCGAUCAUCCCGCCAUCAUCCCCGAACCCGACCCCUGUCCAUAUGGAAUUUUAAUAAAAUUUUAAUUAAAAACC